AACACCUAGUCAUUAAUAUUAUAUAAUCACCCUCUUAUCACCUUAUCUGUCGUACCUCAAGUAUCACUCACUAUCUCCUUCCUUAACCUUAAAUCCCACAAAAUGUUAGCCAUCGCCUUAACCCUCCUAGUGCUCGCCGCCACCCUCUACCUCCACACCCGAAAAUCCACCCCCCAGAAAAUCUUCAACGUCUACUCCCAACCCGGCAAAUGGUUCCACCUCAAAUACGCCUCCUUCCUCGUCCUCCUCUGGACACGAAGACUCGCAGCAAAACUCAGCCCCCCUCUAUCCGUCAAGAAACUAGAAACCAUGAAACCGUUAUCCGAACACGAAAAGGCAUUCGACGCGACAUUCUUCCAAGCCGUUUCCAAGAACGGCUUCUACUUUUGCGGAGGAAUCGAGAGACGACACCGUGCCAAGGCUAAUGGCUUGUUCUACAUAGCGGUGCCGGAAUUAGGUCUACUCGAGAGUCUAAAAUUGCCGAACACGCUGCUGGACGCUGACCCCGCAUCAGUACUGCUGAUGAAGGAGUACAGCGCCGAGGGGAUCUGCUUCACGCCCGUGGAGCCCAUGAAGAAGUGGAGAGUCGCGUUUAAUGGGAAAAUGAGGGUUCAGGCCAGUCCGUCUAAGCUUGUUGAUGUUAAAUUAAGCGGGGACUGGACGUCGAGCUUACCGUAUUUCUUUUUUGAAAAUGAUAUGAGUGCUAAAUGUCUUGCUAAAGCUAUAGCUUGUGAGACCUGGAGCGACGACUUCUUCAAAACGUUAAGAUCGGCGCACCAAACCCACUACGAACAGAUGGGUUUCUUUUCAGGCACUCUUAGUAUAGAUAAUAAAAUCUAUACACUGCAGAUGGACGCCUUUAGGGACCAUAGUUAUGGUUACAAGCGAGACUGGACCUUAAUGCACCGGUACGUCUUCCACAUGCUCUACUUAGAAAACGGUACCCGAGUGUCAAUCGGUCUCGUGAGUCAGCCCGCCACCACCUCGCUCCUCCUCAUGGGUUACGUCGUCCCUGCCGACAAGUCCAUCCACUGCAUUGAAAACUGUGAUUUAGUACUCUACCAACACGGCGAAAAUGGUACUCCUGGGAAAAAUUACGCUUUUUGCUUCGAGACCGACAACGAAACCUACGACGCGAAAAUUAACGUGAUUUACGAAGCCUUCCACUUCAAAGGCAACAACACGGAAGCUAAGCUGAUCGAGAGGUUCAUCGAGUGCGAAGUCAACGGCGUGAAAGGGAAGGGAGUGUCGGAGUGGCACUACAACACGACGAGAACUUAAAUCAUGUAUUAAAAAUAUACAAUAAAUUUGGGAGUGAAUAAACUUUAAAUUAAAGGAAA